AUGAUCUUUAUCGACACUACGACGCUGGCGCUCCAUGUUCGGGACCAUGCAGACCCUGAUCAGCGAUAUGCCAUCCUAUCACACGUGUGGGGUCUCACUAAAGACGAAGUGACCUACGAGGAGAUGCUAGUGCCGCCGCAAGACCGUCCAGAAGCAACACUCUCGAAGCCUGGGUACAAGAAGAUUGUGGAGACGUGUAAGAUGGCUUCUUCGUCGCGAUACAAACUCUCGUAUGCAUGGUGUGAUACGUGCUGCAUCAACAAAUCCAGCAGCGCAGAGCUCAGCGAGGCAAUCAACUCCAUGUUCAGGUACUACAAAGAAGCUUCGGUGUGCUUCGCCUACCUGUUCGACAUCACUCAAACCGCAUAUUCUUUCAAGUCAUCAAAAUGGUUCUGUCGUGGCUGGACGCUCCAAGAGCUCAUUGCGCCGAAGAACGUCGUCUUCUUCGAUCAAAAUUGGGAGUUUACGGGGACCAAGGCGAGCUUAGCGGAUCAGAUCACGGAAAUCACAGGCAUUCCGGACGACAUUCUUAAACACCAGAUGGAGCUAAGCGAAGUGCCUGUUGCUCAGAGGUUUUCUUGGGCGUCUACGCGCAAGACUACUAGGGAAGAAGACAUUGCCUAUAGUCUCAUGGGAAUAUUCGACAUCAACAUGGCAAUGCUCUACGGAGAGGGGUCAAAAGCGUUCAUCCGGUUGCAGGAACACAUACUCAGCGAAACUGCCGAUGACUCGCUCUUCCUUUGGAAUGAUGCCUUCUCGUAUCACAAGCUAUCAGGUCUCCUUGCUCCUUCUCCAAGCUGUUUCCGACAAAUGCGAUCAAUCACCCCGGAACCGGCUGUCAAACCACGAGACUUUUACAUGACAAACCGUGGCAUCCGACUGAAACUGGGACUCGCCUGGGAUCACGAUACUGGACUUGCUAUACUACCAGUGAAACAUUCGCUGGGCGCGGUCGGCAGACCGGUUGGAAUUUACCUCAGGAGAGUCGGGCCGGACCUGUUCGUUCGCGCGCUGCCUCAAGAGUGCCCUAGGGUCAAGACGGAAGUGACCUACACUGAAUUUACUGCGGUCAAGUCGUUGACGGGUCCGCAAGCUUCGACGAUCAUGGAAAAGGUCAUGCGGGUAGAGAAGCCCGCCGGAGUGCAUGUCAGUCGAGUCGAACCUCGUGGCAUAUGGGAUCCGGCUGCAAAGUGGCUGCAUGCAACACACACGGGCGCCAUCAUAGGCUACAUGGAGUUCAAGAAGGAUGCGUAUCCCAUAUUCGCAUUCGUGUUCUUCUUCAGGAACGGUCAUUGGUCGGCUACGGUAGUAGUCGGAGACCAGUGGAUCAGCAUACAGAAGAAGUUCCACAAGCAUUACCGCGAUAAUCUUGAAGAGCUCCGCUACUUCGAUACAAUGGGCGACGCUAGAAUGCAAAAGAUUGAAAAGAUCAAACCCGAUUCAAAAGUUCUCACGUUGCACAUGCGAGUUGCGAGAGGUACUGGGCGACCCCAUCUGGAGAUAAAGGAAGUAGACAGGAAAGCUGGCACAUCUUGA